GAUAGAGCAUCAACGGCGAAAGAUGUCGUAGCAUUCGGAUGCUGUGCUCACAGCACAAAGUCAUUUAAGACUACGCAUGCAGGCGAUCAUCUAGUUCUUAUCGCGAGACCAUCCAGCUUAUUGUUCCCGGGAUCAUCGACCAUGUUGUUCACGCGUUUGACUUGUGCUCUGAUCGCCACUCUGUCAUCAGCCACAGCCAUCAGAUCUAAUACUGUAUCGCACAAUUGGGAACGCGGACCACCCGCAUCGCCGGAUCAAACAAUCACGCUUCACAUCGCUUUGCGAUCCGAGCAUGAAGACGCUGCUGUAGAAAGUCUUCUACGCACAUCAGAUCCAACGAAUGAGCAUUUCCGAAGGCAUCUCGACGCAGUUGAGGCUCACCGAUUGUCCGAGCCUGCCCGAGACGAUGUCACUGCUGUGGAGAAAUGGCUGAGCGAUCAUGAUCUGUGGGAGAGUAGCUCGAUGCAAGUGGGCAUUAUCGAAAUCGACACGAGCAUCGCUCAGGCGGAGAAAUUGCUGAACGCAACCUACCACUGGUUUACCGGCUCUGGUAUCGAAGACACUGCAUUGGUGCGGACAGAGAGUUACGAUCUACCGGAAGAUGUUGCGGAGAUCGUCGAGUUCGUCACUCCGACCACUUCCUUUCCUCUGCUUGCUGAUAAGAACGUUCAUCCCCCGGGCGCUCAGCAACCCUUGACUAAAGCGAAGCGGGAUACCUGCGGUUCCAACGACGAGACAACGCCCACUUGUGUUCGCCAGAUUUAUGGCAUCGACUACACCGCUCAGCCGAACAGAACCACAUUUGCUGUUUAUGGCACAGAAGCUGCCUCAUUCAACCCGGCCGACUUGCAGACGUAUCUGUUCAAAUACAACCCGCCCGCUGCAGCCGCGAGCGCUACUUUCAAGGUCGUCAGUAGUGAUGAUGCGAACAGCAGCUCUUCAUCGUCCAUUGAGCCCAAGUUCGAAACUUCUUUAGUCACCCAAGUUUCAUUGGGUCUUGCUUUUCCCGCCGUAGGAGUCCUCUACAACAAUGGUGGUGUCUUUGGUCCAAACCCAGGCAGAACUUACGAUCGCUUUGUAUCUUUCCUCCAGGAGCUGAUCGUGAACGACACCGUUCCGAGCGUAGUGUCCUUCUCCGAGAGUCUAUCCGAGGACAAAGUCGAUCCCGCCUACGCCCGACGCGUAUGCAACAUGAUGGCGCAAAUCGGCGCUCGAGGUGUGUCGCUGCUAUUUUCAUCAGGAAACAACGGCGCCAAUGGAGAUUCCGGCUCCGGUACGCACAACGCCGUCUUUGAACCAAAGUUCCCUGCAAGCUGUCCCUGGGUAACAGCCGUCGGCGGUACGACCAACCUCGCGAAUGAAACCGCUGCAACACAAAGUACGCUCAGCACCUUCGCCAAGACAUUCUACACUGCAUCUGGAGGCGGCUUUUCCAAUCUGUUCGUGCGUCCAACAUACCAACGCCGUGCCGUAUCACGAUACAUCAAGCAGCAUGUACCUGCAGACUACCACAGCGUCUCCGGCUUUAAUGCAUCCGGCAGAGGUAUUCCCGACGUCAGCGCUUUCAGCACAGGAUUUCCCACUGUAGUUUCGCUGAUCCCAGGAGUACCAUUGACCGUGGCUAUCGGCGGCACGAGCUCUGCCACGCCUCUGUGGGCGGCGGUGAUCGCAUUAUUGAACGACUACGAAGCUUCGCAGGGACGACCGCCGCUUGGCUUUUUGAACCCUUGGCUGUACAGUCUGCGAGCUGGAAUUAAGGAUAUUACGACUGGAGGAGAUAAUGCUGGCGCAUGCAAUUUCCUAGGCGGGUGCCGGCUGGAGAAGACUUUGGGUUAUAAUGUCACGCAGGGAUGGGAUCCUGUCACAGGUCUUGGAAGCCCGCUCUGGAAAGGCCUUGUGGCUGCGUUAGACAAGCGAGGAUGCAGUGGGCACUGACGGAACAACUGUGGCGAUAUGUGUAUAAGCAAAUUCGAAUUCAAUGUGAUGUAAUUGACAAUGUACAAAAUCUAUACACGGGAGAAUCGGAAAUCUUGCCGGGAU